ACCAUAUACACGCCUUGCUUCCACCGAAUCAAAAGCAGAGCAACCAUUUACUAGAAAAUAAAUGAGGGCCUUUGCCUGUCUUUUUGUAUACUCUUUAUUAUUCUCCCUCUUAGAAACCUCCAUUCCGCUGGGCACUCUCCCUCCAAGUCGAUCAAUCAGAGACGGCGGCGACACAGUAGUUUCAGCUGGUAGAAUAUUUGAAUUGGGAUUUUUCAGCCCUGGUAUUUCAAAGAGCCGAUACGUGGGAAUAUGGUACUUGAUAUCUUCUGAAACAGUUGUAUGGGUGGCUAACAGAGACAAUCCUCUUAACGAUCACUCCGGAGUUCUUACCGUCACCGAUGAAGGAGUUCUUGCCCUUCUCAAUGGAACAAAUAAUAUUAUUUGGUCAACUAAUACAUCAAAAACAGCAGAAAAUCCAGUUGCACAGCUCUUGAAUACCGGAAAUCUUGUUGUGAAAGAUGGAAAUAUCGAUGACCCAGAUAGAUUUUUGUGGCAGAGUUUUGAUUAUCCUUGUGACACAUUCCUACCGGAGAUGAAGCUUGGAAGGAACUUAGUAACUGGUCUAGAUAGGUUCAUAUCAUCUUGGAAGAGCGAGGAAGAUCCUGCUCGAGGUGAUUUUUCAGUACGGUUAGAUCUUCGUGGGCUUCCACAAAUGGUUAUUAUGAAGGGGAAUACCAUAAAGGCUAGAACGGGGUCAUGGAACGGUCUGAGUCUUACGGGACGUUCGGGGUUAAAUCCGAACUCACUCAUAUUAGAAUUAAAAUUUGUGAUGAAUCAGAACGACGUCUGCUACGAGUUCAUACUCGUAAACAGUUCUAUUUUCUCGAGAUAUGUAAUAACCCCAUCAGGCGUUGCGCAGCGGUUUACAUGGACGGAUCGAACACGCAGUUGGGAGCUUUUCUCUACAUACCUGUCAGCUCAGUGUCAAAAUUAUGCCUUCCGUGGCGCAUAUGGUACCUGCGAUGUUGAUAACUCUCCCGUAUGUGGAUGCUUGGAGGGAUUCUUACCCAAGUCUCCGAAAGAAUGGAAAUCACUAGACUGGUCUGAUGGAUGUGUUCGAAGGACUCCAUUAGAUGGAUUCCUCAAGUACACGGGGCUGAAAUUGCCUGACACAUCUUCUUCCUGGUUUAACGAGACCACGAGCCUCGAUGAAUGUAAGGUAUUAUGUUUGAAAAACUGCAGUUGCACAGCAUGUUCAAAUUUAGAUAUUAGGGGAAAAGGAAACGGCUGCUUGCUUUGGUUCGGCAACCUGAAUGAUAUCGAAGUAUUCUCCCAGCGUGGGCAAGAGCUGUACAUAAGGAUGGCGAGUUCAGAAGGGAAAUCCAGCAAGAUAAAACGAGCAGGAAUCAUAGCCGGCGCUGCAAUAUUAGUCAUUGGAAUUCUAACACUUGGGAGUGAUUUCAUACCUACGGAACAAGAAAUUUAUAUUGAUUUUCAGGGAACACUGGUAGAGGGGCCAAUGAUAGCAGUAAAAAGGCUUUCAAAGAAUUCUCGACAAGGACCUAACGAGUUCAUAAACGAAGUCAAAUUAAUUGCCAAACUUCAGCACCGCAAUCCUGUAAAGCUUCUAGGGUGUUGCAUGGAAGAAAAUGAGAAAAUGUUAAUCUACGAAUACAUGCCAAACAAAAGCUUGGAGUCCUUCAUUUUUGACCAGACAAGGAGUAAAUUGUUAGAUUGGCGCAAGCGCAUGAACAUUAUUGCCAAAGGGCUUCUCUAUCUUCAUGAAGACUCUAGACUGAGGAUCAUCCAUAGAGAUCUUAAAGCCAGCAAUGUCCUACAAGAUAUUAACAUGAAUCCGAAAAUUUCGGACUUUGGCCUGGCUAGAUCAUUUGGGGGAGAUCAAAUUGAGGCCAAUACCCAUAGGAUUGUUGGAACAUAUGGCUAUAUGUCUCCCGAGUAUGCGGUGCAUGGGAAGUAUUCUGUGAAAUCUGAGUAUGCGGUGCAUGGGAAGUAUUCUGUGAAAUCUGAUGUCUUUAGCUUUGGAGUUUUGGUAUUGGAGAUAGUGAGUGGGAAGAAGAACAGGAGAUUCUGCCAUCCAGACCACCACCUUAAUCUUCUUGGACAUGCAUGGAGACUAUGGACUGAAGAUAGGGUGAUGGAAUUAAUCGAUGAAAUAGUAGGUGAUGCAAACACACGAUCUGAAGUAUCAAGACUGAUUCAAGUGGGUCUGUUAUGUGUGCAACAAAGACCCCAAGAUAGACCAAGCAUGUCGUCCGUGGUUCUAAUGUUAAGCAGUGAAAGUUUAUUGCCUAUCCCAAGGCAACCGGGUUUCUAUACGGAUUCACCUGAAAGAGAUUGUUCGUCUGGAAAAAAUCCAACUUAUUCAGCAAAUGGAAUCAGCAUUUCAACGUUUGAAGCACGGUAGAUGGUAUCAUUUUGAGGAUGAGGCGAGAGGUUUCUUCUCAAGUUUGUGCUUUCUGAAAGUCAAUAUAUCAGCCUAGCUAGAAAAAAGAGUUUGCAAGCCGCUUUUGUUCGGGAAAGAACAAAAAGGGGAAAACUAGAUACAUUGAUCUAGUAGAUUUUUCUUCAGACAGAGAACUCUAUUACGUGUUUUGAACUGUAUGUUCUUAAAUAAUUUAUAGAAUCAUCUACUUCUUAA